CACGCUGCUGCCAGGACCCCGCCCACUCGUGCCCCUUUAUAGGCAGGUAGAGGUGCAGCCGGGCAGGUAGAGGUGCAGCCAGGCAGGCAGAGCACAGGCUGGGCGAGAGCACAGACGCUGAGUGCAGGGAGUGGAAAUGGCUGCAUCUAUCAGCAAGACCUUGGUCCUAGUCUCCUUGCUGGGGCUCCUGGUUGUGCUCCUGUGUGGCACUUCCAAAGCACAAAGCAACCAGGACUGCUGCCUAUCUUACAGCAAAGCGCAUUUGCCUCGAUGGGCCCUGAAGGGUUACACUGAGCAGCGUUCCGGUGAAGUCUGUGACAUCGAUGCCAUCAUCUUCCAUACCUAUCGUGGGCGGAGAGCCUGUGUCAAUCCUAAGGAAUCCUGGGUGAAGAAGCACCUUCUUUUUCUGAGCCAUAAGCUCAAGAAGAUGGCCACGUGAUAUGAUUCUCAGCAGGGAACUAACACAGAUGUAGCUGAAGAACCACUAGGUUCAACCUCCUGGUUGUCAUCAUCUCCUUCAACCUUGUUGUGUGCUUGUUCACGACUACCUCUGGCUUCUUUGGAACCAUUGGACUCCUUGAGUUGAUUCAUUGCAUCAGUGUUUUGCUUGAAUUAAGCAUUUUGUUACAGUUCCUAUUCGUGCAAGCCCAUAUAAGCUAAGAGUACUGUUCUGUCAGGACUACUCAGAGCUGUUGUACAGGAGAUGAGCUUUAUUUUCUUUGUUGCACAUCGUUUUUGUGUAAAGCUGGUUAUUUAUUCUCUUCAUUCUGUUAGUCUUUUGGUGCUCUCCUGUGCCAAAACGUUUGUUUUUAACCACAGUUCAUGUUAUAAUAUUUCUAAACCAAGUCUGCUUGUGGAGGAGAAAAAAAUAAAUCAAAGUUGGAGUUUAAA